AUGGCUAAUUCUGAAAAUGAUAAUGAUUCACCACAAGUUUAUCUCUUAGGUAAAACUUACUUGGCUAACAAUCGAGAACAAUUUUAUAUUCGAAAUGAUCCUAUUAUUCAUAUGGCUGCAGGUGAUCGACAUACAAUUAUUGUUACUGAAACUGGUCGUGCCUUUGCUUUCGGUGACAAUAGUUCAGGUCAAUUGGGUCUUGGUCAUACAAAUAAUGUUGAACAAGUCUCAUGUAUUAAAAGUUUAAAAUUUGGAGAAACAGGUGAAAAAGUUAUAUUAGCUGCAUGUGGUCGUGAAUCAUCAUUAGUUGCUACUAAUCGUGGUACAAUCUACGGAUUUGGUUCAAAUAGUCGUUCACAAUUAGGAAUUCAAUCAUCUGAUUCAAAUACAAUUUAUCCUGAACCUGUUAAAAUUGAAUAUUUUAAAGGAAAAAUUGUUUGGAAACAAAUAGCUAUGGGUGCCGAACAUUCAUGCGCAUUAAAUGAUGAAGGUAUAGUAUAUGCUUGGGGUUCAAAUGAUGAUGGUCAAUGUGCGCAACCACGUAAAACUUAUGUAGUUCAAAUGCCAAGAGAAGUUCGAGUAGAAUAUGAAAUUAAUGCUAUAUCAUGUGGAUAUUUUCAUACAGCAUUAGUUAGUACAAAUGGUCGUUUAUUAUUAUUUGGAAAUAAUGAUGAUAGACAAUUAGGACGUUCAGUAUCUGAUAAAUUUGCUGGUCCAAUAGAAGUUUCAAUGCCAAAUAAAGUUAAAGCUGUUGCCUGUGGAAACCAACAUACUGUUGUAUUAACUGAAAAAGGAGACGUAUAUACAUGUGGAUGUGGUGAUCGUGGUCAACUUGGUCUUGGUCCAAGAGUUUUGUCAGCAGAAACAUUUGAAAACGUUCAAGGUUUACCAAAAUGUCUUACAGCUAUUGCUGCUGGUGAAGGUCAUACAGCUGUUCUUACUGUUCGUGGUGAUUUAUAUGUAUUUGGUGAUGGUAAACAUGGAAAAUUAGGUUCACAAAUUCAUUCGAAUGAAUUUGCACCAUGUUUGGUGGAUAAGUUUAAAACAUACAAUGUCUUAAAAGUUGUUUGUGGUAGUUGUCAAACAAUAGUUUUUGCUCAAAAGAAAACUGGUAAACAAAAACUAUCACCAGAAAGUGAAGAAGAUGGUGCAAUUUUAGAUAAAACACUUCCAACAAUUAUGCAUUCAAUGAGUCCAGCGCAAAGUCUGAAGAAUACUAGUCCUUUCUAUAAUGCAUGUCGAAAUAAUAAUAUUGGUUUGGUUAAAAAAUAUUUACGAAAAAUGUCAUUAGAUGAAAUUAAUAAAAUAGAACCGAAUGGAUCUACUGCACUCCAUGUCGCUGCAUAUCAAGGAUACGAAGAAAUAGUUGAACUAUUACUACAAAAAGGUGCUUGUUAUACAACCGUGAACAGAUAUAAUUCUACUCCAUUGGAUGAAGCUAAAACUGAUAAAAUAAAGCAGAUGAUACGUCGUCGUAUGAAUAAAACAACUCGUUUUAUUAGUGAAUCCAUCGAAUGGGUUCUGCAGACAGACAAAGCAGAUUUUCAAGCACAUCAAUAUUGGAAAAAAUUGGAAGCAUAUGGACGAGAUCCACAAUUUUAUGAAUUGAUUGAUUAUAUAAAAAGAAACUAUGUUGAAAAAGAUUUGCAAAAUAUUGAAGAUAUCGAUACAGUGAUAAAAUAUUUUAAUAUUGCGAUCGAGAAAAGAGAUCCUGUUUAUUUAUUACAAGCGUAUACAGCUGAGACUGGUUUUUAUUCCACACUUAAUGUUCAUCUAACUCAACUACAUUUAGAAAAUUUAACUGACAAUGAAAAUCUUAGUCGAGCAUACUAUAUUGGAAUAAUUGCUCGUCAUCCGAAAUUCGGAACAUUUUCGCAUAUUGGAGAAGCCUAUCGUGGUAUGAUGAUCACUAAUAAUGAUUUAAAACAAUACGAGAUAGGUACACGAAUUUUAACUAAAACAUUUUCAUCUUCAUCAAAAAGAUUGGAUAUCGCAUUAGGAUUUCUUGAUGAUAAGCGUUAUACAGAUGAUCGAUUAAGUACAAUAUGUACGUAUGAAAUACGUAAUCAAAGAACUGCAUUAGAUAUUCAAGAUAUAUCAUUAUUUCCAUAUGAAGAAGAAGUUUUAAUUUUACCUUAUUCAGCAUUUAAAAUAAUUGAUAUUCAAAUACAUAAAGACAAAUUACCUAACGUUGAAAUAAAACUAAAAGAAUGUGAACCAUGGUAA